AUGAUAGUAUUUUGUGCUAAUUCUUUACCUUAAGUCAUUUCAAAUUAAGGUGUUCGAUAAUUUUAAGUAAUUUUAUAAACUUUAAAACCUUAACUUAUACUUAAUCAAUGUGGAGGAGAUAUUGAAACACGAUCACAAUAUUUUAAAAAGCAUUUAAGUAAAUUUAAUGAACCAUUUCAUUUAAUCGGUUAUGGAAUUGCAGGAUUGGAUUUAAGAUAUGUUUUAAGUCAAAAUAAUAAUAUUCGAGCAAAAUCAUUAAUUACUAUUGGCACACCUCAUAGAGGAUCUAUUUUAAGUGAUUUAUAUAGAAGAAAGAGAAUUGAAGAUGAUAUUAUAGAACCAAUUUGUAGAGUAUUAGGUGUUAGAUAAAAUUACUUUGAGGAAAUCAAUAGUGAAAAUAUAAGGGAUUUCAAUUUAGUGGCCACAAAUAAAGAUGUUAUCAAGGUAAAUGUUAUUAGAAUAUACAGUAUUUUAGUUUGAAUGCAGAGACAGAGGUUGGUUAGAUGUCAUAAAUUUAUCAAGCAAGUGGUACAAUAAUAGAAAGUGAGAAAGAAUAUCCAGUAGAGAGUGGAUCAGAUGGUAUUUUUGCUCAUAAUGAAACUAAAUGGGGAUAACAUGUUGCAACAUUGGAUUGUGAUCAUGGGGCAAUGAUUGGAAUACCUAAUUAAAGAAAUGGUGAAUAAACUGUGGAUAUAAUUUAAUAAUUGAUCUAAGAUUUAUGA